GAAAAAUCAUGGCCAGAAACGUUAUUUCUCUGGGAGGAAUAACUACUGAGGAGAAAUAUGGGAACUCUUUUAGGGCUUCAGAGAACCCAGUUAUUUGCCCUUCUUUUGCGCAAUGUUGGGGAAUUUCUCCUCACAGCCUUUCCCGCCGCUUUUUGUGCUCAGGGUGGACAGCCCUUCGGCACCUGCGGUCAUUAACUGCGGUUUCUGCCGGAGUGAGGCGUCGGCCGGCAAGGCCGCGGGGAGAGGCGGGGCGCUCCCGGCCCCACCUGCGGGAGAAUAAGAGCGGCGGCGGCGCAGGACGGGCCCAGAGCGAUGCGGGCCGUCAUGGGAGCCGGGCGAGCGGUGGGGCUGCUGCUGGUUGUUCUCCUGACGAUGCCUAGAGCCCGAGCGAACUGUGGGGAGGGAGAGUACUCCCAUCAAGGCCUCUGCUGUCCAUUUUGUGAAGCAGGUACCUUUGUUGCUGAUCACUGCAGUGCUUCACAUGUGAAAGGAAGAUGUGACCCUUGCGAGGAAGGAAAAGGCUUUACUGCCCAUGAGAACGGCUUGGAGGAAUGCUUGCCUUGCAAACAGUGCAAAGAGGAUCAGGUAACUCUGAGACCCUGUAAUCUGACACAUGAUGCUGAAUGCCAGUGCAAACAAGGGUAUUUCUGUGAAGAUGAGAGCUGUGAAAUGUGUCAGAGAAUCAGUCAAGAGCAUCCGGACGGGAAAGAAAUAAUGCUGAAUUCCACUGAUGCUACAGAACUAGGCUUAACCAAUCAAGGGAAUGAAGCUCAUGUUUGGGUUCUUCCGGUGCUUCUGAUUGGUUUCAGUUUGCUAGUAGGUGUUGCUAUUGUUGUUGCUGUUGUUAAAAAGCUGAAGUGUAAUAAAGCUGUCUCAACUGUUAAAGAUGUAGAGGGACGUCUGAUCUCUGAUAGGAUGUGUUCCUGUGAUGCAACAAGUUGUGAUUUAUACAAGGUCAGAAAUCAAUUAGCAAGUGUCUGAUGCAUUCAAUAGCUGCAUGUGUCUGCUGCAGUUGGCCUUGUUAAUACUGGAAAACACUUCAGAGCCUGUGACCAGGAUGCUUUGGAAGUGGGGAAAAAACUUGAACUAGCUGCACGUUUUCACUUCAGACUGUCUCCAGGGGAUAUGUUAAUCAAAUUAAUUUCUUUUUUGCCGCUUCACAUGCGUAUUCCCCAACUGAUGGCAGCUCUUGUUUGGUGUUGCAGCAUGGUGGUGUUCCAGCUCUCAUUGCAUUGUGACUACAAAUUAUUUGUUUGUAAGCCUUAACCACUCCUGAUCCAGUAAAGUGAUUGAGUCUUCCUGCCUUGGGGCUCAUGUCACAAGCUACAGACCAGGACCUGACAGUCUGAAUUCUUGGUCCUAAGCAGUCCCAAAAGAGGAGGGGUUCAGGGCUCAGAGCAUGCCAGUCUCAGAGUACAUCCCUAAAAGGGUUUAUCCAGCUGAGGCUGGCAUAGGUUGUGACUUGAAGCUGGGUAUACCCUGGCAUCCUGUAGCCAAACACUAUUUCAGAACCUUACUGUUUGAGUCUGAAAAAACCUCUUGCUAGUCCAGCAUUCUGCAAGAUAAAUACUAAGCUGGGUGAAGCAAAUAUAAACUGGCUUUAACUUCUCUAGUUAGAAACCACAUCACUACCAGCCCUGGAAAGGGAAAAAUGAGCUCAGUCUUAGCUUUAAACAACAAAU